AUGAGUGAGACUUACAAACCAGAUACUGAUGCUUUACCGAAAGAUCCUUAUGACACAGCCUAUCUGUCACAAAGAGAUGUGGGAUUAAACAUUCCCAUCAAUUAUGUUACCACUCCAGGUAUUUCUUUAACGGCUGCAUGUUUCCCACUUCUCAAAUAUGAGGAUGAUGAUGCGACUCUCUGUAUUUCCAAUUUAUUGGCCAAUGGGUUUCGGAGACUGGAAGUGGAUUUAUACUGGGAUGAAAUGAGACAAUUAUGGAGUUUUUGUCCUGUAGCGUUACCAGUCGAGACCUCGAGUAUGGUUUCUUCACCAAUUCCAACAUCAACACGUCCUUCCUCUACGGCUCGUUUGACUUCUGCUUCACAAACUACAGAUUUGGUUGCCAGACAGGAUACAGCUACGAGUACGAUUAUUUCUUCAUCAAUUAAAUCCGAUGCUAGUAUCAACGGUCCUGCUCCCCAACCAACCAAUUUCCCAACUUUUUUGGAAAAUCUAGGAUCAAUUUUCUCGGCAAAUUUAUCAGCAUACAUCUAUACACCAAACGAUCUAAGAUCUAACCGAGUAAAUCUGAAUGCAUCAUGGUACUCAGUUACAGAAAGAUAUAGACCUGCUCUAGAUUACUAUUCUACCACUACACGCGAAUUUGGCGUGGUAUCGACGGAAGAUGGUUGGCCAUCAGAAGCUUAUGUCGAAUUUUCGCAAGGCAAACGAAUGCUUUUGCAGUUUGGCAACGUGGAUCCUCAAAUGAAGGGAUACAAUUUCACUGGAGAUUCAGACACUAUCUUUUCUCCAGGCUAUUUGAGUAACAGCCGCGGGAACGAUAUAUUAACCACUCCUGAUGGCAAUCUAACAAGCGGAUGCUUUUUCGCCAAUGCCACAGAACAGGUUUCGCAAGUAAACUCAUCCUGGGCAACAGCGGCAAAUAUACCCGGUUUCGACUAUCCCACACACUCAAAUUCCGAUCUCACUUCCCUCCUCAACCUAACAUCAUCCCUAACAAACUGUGGUAUCUCCCCCACCCUCAACAUGACCCUCCUCAACACCACAGCCAACACCGACAACUCCCCCUACAAAAACUACGCCUACUCCACCAUCUGGUCCUGGGCCCCCAACGAACCCCGCAACUCCUCCUCCUCUUCUUCUUCAUCCUCAACCAACGACCCCCUCUUCCGCUGCGCCACCCUCCGCACCCCCUCAAACCACUGGCACGUAACCGACUGCUCCAGCAAACUCCACGCCGCGUGCCGCCUCCCCACCCAACCCUACAACUGGACACUAACCCCCUACGCAAUAUCCUACUCCUACGCCUCCCAAGCCUGUCCUGCACCGUACACAUUCUCCUCCCCCCGGACCGCGCUCGAAAACACCCAUCUCCUACAAACCAUCCAUCUACUCUCCUCAUCCCCCAAUUCCGAUUUCGAUUCCGAUUCCGACUCCGAUUCCAAGACAAAUGCGAAAAUCUGGAUAGAUUUUAAUUCGCUCGAUACGAGGAAUUGCUGGACGGCUGGGGGUCCCAAUGCCUCGUGUCCGUAUGGUGAUCAGAGGUUGCUAGAUGAUAUUAGGGAGAGGGAGGUUAUUGUUCCUGUGGUGGCGGCGCUGAUUGUGAUGAUUUUGACGGGGUUGGUUUUGGCGGGGAAGUGUGCGGGGAGGGCGAGGAGUAGGAGGGGGAGAGGGAGGAGGAGAGGAAAGAAAAGGGGAGGGGUGGUUUAUGAAGGGGUGCCUGCUUGA